AUGUCCCUGUCCGUAGGGGGCCUUUGUGAGGAUCUGAUCAGCAGCUACCGAUGCAUCUGCAGCCUCGGUUUCAUGGGAAGACACUGUGAAGAAACGGCAAGCCCUUGCCAGCCCAAUCUGUGUCCGGGCAACCUGACCUGCCUGGAAGAGUCGGAAGGCCGCGAUGACGACAUGCGCAGCGGCGUCCGUUUCGUCUGUCAGGCCCAGCCUCCGUCAACGCCAACAACCUCGCCGACAUUUCCACGACUCGCGACUUCCCAUCCUCCCGUCCUCAGUCUCACGCCGGCCAGCGUUGACGCCCGUGUCUCCAGCUUCAGCUGGUUGUCCAGGCGACCGAAGCAGCAGGCAACCACUGCUCCUUCUCCCACCUCCUCGAGUACCACCGUCUCUGGGCCCCAGCCAUUGCAGACUGCCUCCUCGUCUGCUCCGGUUCAGGACGCCUCCGUCCGAAUGGGCAGUCGCGAUUCUCGCUUCGCCGACUCCGUCCUCAUCACCAUCGGCCUGCCUCUUUUGGUCUUCUUCGCGCUCGCCGGCCUCGUCUGCUUCAGUCUCGCCCUCAGCAUGGCUUUCGGCUGCUGUAUCUGGCGGCGUCAGCAACAACGCCUCCGGGUGCGUCUGUUGCGACGGCAACUGGCCCGCGAGUUCAUCGGACAACGCCAGUCGCGAGUAGACGGCCGGAACGGGCGGCCGAAGAAACCGGCCAACCUGCUCACCGCUUUCCCCGACGAUGCACCGCCGGCGUCGGGUGGAACCGCCGGCCGGGGCUGGCCGGAGACGGGCCAAGCCCGACCCGCGCGUUCGAGGCCCGAGUACGCCGGUUAUUCGACAAUUGCCGACGACGCGGUCUACUCGGCCCAGCCGGACACGAGGGCCGACGUGGCGAAGACGACGAUGACGACGACGAUGACGACGACGACGACGACGAGUCGAGAGGACAGUGGAUCGGAGGAGUCGAGCGCUGGGCUCGAG